AUGCCCGUCGAGCUGAAAUGGCCAUGGUUGGGCAUUGCGGUUCCGUCCUUUUUGAUAGCAUAUAUUGGUUACUCCUCCCAUUACUUUAUUUUACAAAAUUUCGCAAGCACAUACCAACAGCUUUGGUUUGAGUUCAGCCUUACUCUGAUUUGGGUAUCGUACGCAUUCGCCAUUUUCAAAAAUCCUGGCAGACCCCCACCGAAUUUUGAGCCGCCGAUACACCAAUGGAAAAACUAUUGCAAGAAAUGCGACAAUUACAAGCCUGAAAGGACUCAUCACUGCAAAACGUGCAAGCAAUGUGUUCUCUCAAUGGACCAUCACUGCCCCUGGACCAUGAAUUGCGUUGGUCAUAACAACUUUCCACACUUCGUAAGAUUUCUAACAUGGGUUGUAUUGACCACUUCAUAUCUUGGGCUUCUGCUGACACAGCGAGCGUUUGAUCAUUGGGCUUCUAGAAACACUCGAAAAUUUGUCCAUACGUCGGAGCUCUGCUUUCUGUUUGUUAACGCACCAUUGAAUGCAUUCAUUCUCCUUACUGUCUCUUUACUUGUUUUCAGAUGUGUGAAGAAUCAGUUUCUCAAUGGCAUGACGCAGAUAGAGUCAUGGGAGAAGGACAGAAUCGAGAAUCUUUUCUUUAACGAACGGCUGGUACCUCAGUUAAUCGAUAAUUUAAAAGAAUUGUUUCCUGAAGAUACCUUCGACGAAGGCGCCGCGCAGAAGCUUUUAUCCUCAAAACAAUUGGAGCUCGAAGAUAUUAUCAAUUUUCCGUAUGACGUGGACAUUUUAGAAAACAUGAAGUCGUCUAUGGGUCCAAUUUACUCCUGGUGUCUCCCGUGUGGGAGACCACGCGAUGAAGGGACUCGAUUUGUGACUAAUGAUCUUUCAGAUUAUGAUAUUAAAGCUUCUAUUGAAGACAAGCUACUUUCUCUGCCGUGGCCACCCGAUGGUGGGCGUCAAAAGUCUCAGAGAAGUGCCGACAUUGCCUCAACCCUUGAAACAUUCAGUAGUGGAGGGGAGGCCACUUUGCGCAACAGAAGCUUUGACUCCAGAAUUAGUGUACCUCGGACAGAAUGGCAUAAUGACUGGGGCGAAAAUCUUUCUGACUUUGGAGUUGAUGUAGAUGCAGAAACUUGA